AGGCUAUAAAAGCCUCUCGCCCCGGCACAUGUGGGCUCGGGGGAGGCAGCCCCGCCGCAACCGCGGCCACGGGGCUCAGCCCGCAGCCGCCGAGCCGAGCCGAGCCGAGCCGAGCCAAGCCAAGCCAAGCCAAGCCAAGCCGGGCAGGGGCAAUGCGCUCCAACGCGUCCGGGCUGAACGGGUCCCUGGCGGGGCUGGGGCUGCAGCGCCCGCCCUGGGUGGCCUCCACCUUGGCCGCCAUCCUCAUCUUCACCAUCGUGGUGGACAUCCUGGGCAACGUGCUGGUCAUCCUGUCCGUGUGCAGGAACAAGAAGCUGAGGAACGCGGGAAAUAUAUUUGUCGUCAACCUGGCUAUUGCAGACUUGGUAGUGGCCAUCUACCCAUAUCCACUUGUCUUGACAUCUGUAUUCCGUAAUGGAUGGAACCUGGGAUACUUUCACUGCCAAAUCAGUGGUUUCUUGAUGGGUCUAAGUGUCAUUGGAUCAAUAUUCAACAUUACAGGCAUUGCUAUUAAUCGAUAUUGCUACAUCUGCCAUAGCCUCAAGUAUGACAAGCUGUAUAGCGACAAGAAUUCUUUGUGCUACGUCAUUCUCAUCUGGAUCUUAACAUUUGUUGCCAUCCUGCCCAACCUAUUUGUUGGAUCUCUACAGUAUGAUCCCAGGAUCUACUCAUGCACAUUUGCACAAUCUGUGAGUUCAACAUACACAAUAGCAGUGGUUUUUUUCCAUUUCAUGCUUCCUAUAUCCAUAGUUACAUUUUGUUACUUGAGGAUAUGGAUACUUGUUAUUCAGGUGAGGCGAAGGGUUAAACCUGACAACAAGCCCAAACUGAAGCCACAUGACUUCAGAAACUUUGUCACCAUGUUUGUUGUGUUUGUACUGUUUGCAGUAUGCUGGGCUCCUCUAAACUUUAUAGGCCUUGCUGUGGCCGUGAACCCAGACACAAUAAUCCCCCGGAUUCCAGAGUGGUUGUUUGUAUCCAGCUAUUACAUGGCAUAUUUCAACAGCUGCCUUAAUGCUAUUAUAUAUGGACUCCUGAACCAGAAUUUCAGAAGAGAAUAUAAGAGAAUUAUUGUCACAAUUUGUACAGCCAAAGUGUUCAUUCAGGAGAGUUCUAAUGAUGCAGCAGACAAAAUGAAAAGCAAACCAUCGCCACUAGUUACAAACAACAAUCAAGUGAAGGUAGAUUCUGUGUGAAAUCAGGAGCAUUACUCUUGUUACUUUACAGCACUCAAACACUUGAUCCGAUUUUAUUAUACUGAAGGCACUUAGACAUGGUUUUUCAUGCAGUAUUUGUGAGCCAAAGUAACACAGGCUUGAUAUAAAGAGCCUCCUGUUUGCAAUGACCUAUCUUUCAAAUACCAACUCAAAUAUGUACUUAAGGUUUUACAAGUUUGUAGAAAGAAACAUUUUAAUUUUAUGUUUAAUGGGAAAACAACUAGAGAUGGAAUGGAACAAAAAUAUCCUUGUGACAUGGUUCUUUGCAAAAGAAUCGUAAAACCAUCCCCGUCCAACCUCUUCCUUGCACCUUCUUAGUUGCAAGUCAGGUUAUGAUCCUGAUGAAUAUCCAGAAUAUUCAUUCUGGUGUUAGGAAAUGUGAAAAAGAGGAGCCAGACUAGAAAACCUCAGUAAGCAUUCCUUAAGUUUAUAUAAGUUCCUAUGGUGGUCAUAGUUUUUACUUUGAGGUAAAUAAACCUCCCUACUCCCUUUAGGAAUUGCACAACCCUUCUUGCAUUCUCCUUUUAAAAAUCUUUUCAAAGAAAUCCACAUACCUGAUUAUCUCAAGAGCUACAAGGACAGAGGUACUUAUGGGAGAGUGGGGAUGGUCAGGGAGCAUAUGUGGGUCCCCAGAUCAGGCCACACAAGGAAGAUUCUGAAAAAUGGGGAAUGGCAAACCUCUCUGAUUUUCAGGGACAAACUAAACCAGAGAAGCUUGAAAUCCCCUACAGGAGACAAGGGGAAUGAACGAUACCCCCUGGACACAUUAGGAAGAAGGACCAAUUGGUUUUCAAUUACAUGAAGUGUGCAUUGGAUACUGACCAACUGGUCUCUCUUUAAGAAGGCAACGCCAAUUAAGAUGGGCAUCUAUUUAAGGAAUGGGAGUUCAUUUGGAGAGGGUAGGGAGGACAUUCUACUUAGCUGAAAUCCCAACAAGAUGAAUCUUGAGAACUGAGAAAAUCAUUAAAAUGUACAGUUCCAUCAGAUGGCAUUUUGCCUGCUUUCCGACCCUGACCUCCCUCACUUAGUGAAGAAAAGCAAUUUGUAAUCGUAGGUUUCAGCUUUUAAAUGAGUAGGCGGAGGUCCUUUCAAAACAUUCACAAAUUCAGUCUUCUAAGUGAUGUUAAAAGGAAUGUUACACUACAGUAUAUCUGAAAGGUUUUCUAAUCCUCUACCAACCUAUCACUGAUACUGUGUUCACUGAUGCUUGAGCUUUCCCAAGUCCGUUCCAACCAUUUCUUUAGGAGUAAGAGUUUUUAAUAGCUUAUCAGACUUUAGUUGUUAUAUGUUAAAAUGUACACAAUAUUCAAACUGAUUCAUUAAAAUAAUUGCACAAUGCAAUCAGAAAAAUAUUUGCUUUUCAACAGCCUAGGAUAUGACGUCCAUGAAACAUUAAAUAUUCUGUGUAUUCAAUAUAAUUCCUUAAGCUAUGUAUAGCUUCAAAAGCAUCUCAUAUAUCUUUGGACAUAUACACUUGACUUAAUAUAAAUUAUGAGUUAAACAAAACGCAUUCAUACAUACUUGAAAACCCCACUGACACUUUGGCAAGUGAGCAGUUUUUUAACUUUAAAAUAGGUGCCUCAUGUUGUCCUUCAUUCACUUCAAGUUUAUAGUGGAACUAAUUAUCACAAUGGAAAAAUUUGAGAGAUGAACAAGAUAGUGCAUUACCAAGAUGCUUGAUUCAUCUCUGUUUACGUUCAAACUUUUGUCUAAGCCACUGUGUAAAUAUGGUUUCUUCUAUUGUGAUAUCAUUAUAUGAUAUGAGACAAUUAACAGCAUAAAUUAUAUCACAGCUUCCUUCACUGUGAUUUCCUCCUGAGAGGAUGCUAAGCUGUGAUGUCAUUGCUUUGUAUGUGUAGCUUUAUCCAAAUAAUGAGGGAGGCAAGACCACCCUGUACUAGUCAUGUAACUAAAUAAAAUAUUUAAUUUUUUACCAAAAUCUUGCCUUCUUAAAAUAUAUUUCCACUUUAAAAUAGUAUAAUAUUUAAUAUUGAAUCUAAGUUUCAUUAAAUAGGUUGUGUAACCUAACCCAUGGUAAAUUCAGUAUUGUCAAAGGUUUUUCAUUUGCCCUUUUCAAAUGGAAGCUUACUUGUUUAUCAUGUCAUGUAUAAGCUUUGGAAAAGUUGUUGAAGUUAAUGUAUCCAUCCAUGUGGGUUAUCCAAGGAAUUAAAAUCCCUUCUAAAUCACAAGUGCUAAAAAAUGUUUUUGAUUUUAAUAAAAAUUGCUAUAUGCAAUAAAUAAUAUACUAUACCAAAGGUAUGUAUUUUGGUGAAUAGGCCUGUAAUUAAAAUUAAGAGCAUUUUUCAGAUCUGGUGUUUUGAAAUAUUUCUAUUAAGUUGAAAAAAAAUGACAAAAAAUGUGCAUGGUGAUAAUACUAUGAGAUGCUAAAGAUAGAAAUAAUUCCAUGUUAUUUUGGGGGGGGGGGGGAGGUUCUUAAUCCAUAGCUAUUUAUUUACUCUAAAUUAAUACAGAUAGGACAUUUAGGAAAUUAUUUGCUGACCUACUCAAAUUCUUCCUAUUUUUUUCUCCACUCAAAAACAUAUUUUUAGGAAAGAUUUGCAAAGCAACCUCAAGCAGAAAAGGAUUAUUUAUUAAAAUUGAAAUAGCAGUGUUUAGAUGCCUGGUAAUGAUUUAAGGCAGUGAUUCUCAACCAGGGUGCAAUUCUCAAGGUAAACCCAGAGAUUUCAAAUAGGAAUCCAUAGUAUAAAAAUGAUUUGAUCUGCUGCGAUCUUUCUGUGUUCUCUGCAACAGAAAAAUUGCUUUAUUAUUAUUUUUUUUCUGUAGUCAAAAAAUGAGUGAAAACUAAGAGCUGGUAUUUUCUGAGAGGUGCCUUGAGUCUGAAAAGGUUGAGAACCACUGAUUUAGAGUCUAGUUUUUCCAGAGGCUCAAUGACUUAAGCAAUAAAUAGCUAUUCCUGGACUUGCUCAGGACUUCAUAGAAUCGAGUCCUGUGUGAUCAAGUAAUGGUUAGAAAAAAUAAAUACCCUGCUUCCUUCUCAAUAAGAAGAUAUGCUCCAGAAGUUGUGCAUUUACCCAAGCAGACUUGCUCUUUAGGACAGCUCAAUGACCUUCAGAUACAAGGAAACAUGUUUUACACCCUAAGUGGUGAAAUUCACUCUUCUGUUGAGGCACACAGCCAGUAUACCAGUUAUACUAAGAUGUAUUUUGAAGCUUCAGUGAUGCAUUGGUCCUCUCCAGGGUGAAAUAUAUGCUAACACACCAGUCCUACAGUGUGGUGUACGCUGCUGGAUCCCCAUUUCUGUACAGACUCUUAGUAAUGUCACUGGAGAGCCAUACAGGAGCAAUAACUACCAAUAUGUACAAGAUGGCUAUACCAAAGCCUGAAUGAGCAUGAUUUUAUCCAGCAAGAAUUCCUUUCUACUACAUAAUACUGACUGCGAUAAUCAGAAUCUCUUUCAAUGUGUCACUAUAUCAUGUAUUUUGUACCAGAAGCUUGAUUAGCGAUCAUUUUGUUGCAAACAUUACAUGACAGAAAAGUAAGGCGGAAUUUCAUUUUAACCCGUACAUAAAAAAUAAUAUUAAUCUUAGUUAACAAGUGUUUACAGUAUUUAAACUGUGUUUGUACGCAACCAUGUACUUGGAAAUAGCUUGCUUAAUACACUGUACUUUUAUACAAUAUUUCUUUCCUUCCAUUGUGCUAACACUGGAACAAUUUGGAAGUAAAAGUAUAUUAUUUGAUGUGGGCAUCAGAGAAAUCAAAACUUCUAUUGGUUUUUCAGUACUUAAUAUUUUAGAAGAUUAUUAUAUCUUUGAAUAAUCUGUAAUACUCUAUUUGACCACAUAAUAAGUACAUGGUGACUAAAUAACUCAUUCUACUAUGAUUUGUCCAUAUUUCACCUUUGUAUGGCUUUUUAGACUAUUUUUGGAAUGCUGUUACUUAUUAGCAUCAACAAAAAUCAUGAUGCAGUGAAGGGAUUUAUUGGUUCAUUGCAAUUGCACAGAUCAUGUUCCAGUAAUGAACCACGAAAUAUUCAGUAUAUUAAACACACACUAAUUGUGAUCACAAUGUAAAACAAGGUGGGGCAGGGGGCUGAACAGUUGCAACUUUAGUGCUUGAAAUAACAUAUUUAUAAAAUAAUACUUGUAAUAUAAAAUGACUGUUAUUUUCUAUGUUUCUGACACAUGCACUAUCUGUCUAUAAUUUAUAAUUCUAGCAGGUUAAAGAGUUAAGACUUAAAAGAGUCUGUCAUUUUCUGACUGAGACUUUGGGAAUAACGUGUGCCAACAGAGCUAAACUUGUACUUCCAAUACAGAGUCUGUAGAAAGAAACAUUCAUAGUGGCCUAACUUAUACUCCAUGUACUGUAUCUACAAUUUUUGCCUAAUUUAAAGGAGAACCCCAUUUUGUGGUUCAGUUAUUUUAAUUAUAAGAAAUUUUUUCUUCCUACCUCAAUAACUUGGACGUGCUAGGAAGCUCCGAUUAUCUAAUGGUGUGGAACUUCCCGUGGUACAAGAUUCUCUUCUAGAAGAAAGAGGAAAUUCAUGAAAAGGAGGUUUGUACAUUAAAAUUGUUGUAGGUUUCCUUAAAUGUAUAUGAUAUGUUUGCUGCCCAAACUGUUCACAUUACCAAGCACUGACCAUAUAAUAUGUUUAUUUAGAUAGAUAUAUUGUACUUAAAUGUGUUAGUAGUAAUAUUAAAGAUAAAGAGAAGAGCCAAGAUCCUAAACUUAUGUAUAUCAGCAUAGCUCCAUUGAUUUAUGCCAUCUGAGGAUCUGGCAGAAUUUACUUUCAUAAAUGUACAGGACACCUAUCUUAUACCACUACACAACCUGUGUCUUAAUUUUAAAUUCAAUCAUUUGUAAAAUUGUCUGGGUCAUACCCAGGUUGUGGAGGAAUGUGAAAUUGCCUGCUAAGUACCUGCAAAAUAAAUUUCAUUCAAUUAA